GCCCGGUCCUGCCAUGCUCUUCCACAGCCUGGCCGGCUCCGAGAUCCACGGCGUCAUCGACGAGAUGGACCGCAGAGCCAAAGCGGACACGCCCGCCAUCAGCUCCGCCAUCGACCGAGGCGAGACGGUAAUGCUGGGCAUGCCCUCCAUGAGCGGCGAGCGGGGGGCCACCUUGUGCGCCGGCUGCGGGGCCAAGAUCUCGGACCGCUACUACCUCCUGGCGGUGGACAAGCAGUGGCACAUGCGCUGCCUCAAGUGCUGCGAGUGCAAACUCAACCUGGAGUCGGACCUCACCUGCUUCAGCAAGGAUGGCAGCAUCUACUGCAAGGAGGACUACUACAGGAGAUUUUCGGUGCAGCGUUGCGCCCGUUGCCACCUGGGCAUCUCCGCCUCCGAGAUGGUGAUGCGCGCCCGGGAAUCGGUUUACCACCUCAACUGCUUCACCUGCCAAUCGUGCGGCAAGGUCCUGACGACGGGCGACCAAUUCGGCAUGAAGGACAACGUCGUCUACUGCCGCCUCCACUUCGAAUCGCUGCUCCAGGGGGAGUUCCAGUUGCACUUUGGCGACGCCGCGGCCAAAAGCGCAGCCGCCGCCGCUACUCUCGGGUUGCCCUAUUACAACGGCGUGGGCACCGUGCAGAAGGGACGGCCCAGGAAGCGGAAGAGCCCCGGGCCGGGCGCGGAUUUGGCCGUCUACAACGCAGCUUUGAGCUGCAAUGAGAACGACGGAGACCACCUGGAUCGAGACCAGCAAUACCCCAGCAACCAGAAAACCAAGCGCAUGCGCACCUCCUUCAAACACCACCAGCUGCGGACAAUGAAAUCGUAUUUUGCGAUUAACCACAACCCGGACGCCAAGGACUUGAAACAGCUGGCUCAGAAAACGGGCUUGACCAAGAGGGUUCUACAGGUGUGGUUCCAAAACGCCCGCGCCAAGUUCCGGCGGAACCUCCUGCGACAGGAAAACACGGGGGCGGAUAAGACCUCGGACUCGAACCUCCAGGCCGGGACGCCCUCGGGCGCCGCGUCGGAAAUCUCCAACGCCUCCAUGAGCCCGUCCAGCACCCCCACCACCUUAACGGACUUGACGAACCCCAGCGUCCCCUCGGUCCUGACCGGGGGCUUGGAGGUCCGCGAACCGCGGAGCCCGUCACAGACGACGCUGACGAGUCUUUUCUGA